AGACCAUCCAGACCAUCCAGACCCCAGACCAUCAACCGCAGCACAACCACCCACCCAGAAUGUCAACCCCACCAUCCCUCACAACAGAAGAACAGGCCGAAGCCCUCGACUCCGAAAUCUCCACCAUCCGCGCAGAACUCCGAGCCCUCCACCACCGCCGUCGCACCCUCACCACCAGCCUCCUCUCCUCCCGGCCUCUUCAACGCCUGGCGAAGCGCCACCAAGAAUCCUCCCCCUCGCAGCCCAUCAGAACCCCGAAACAAUGGGCCGACCUCUCCCCGCUCCUGCACGCCUCCUCCCUCCACGCCGACCUCAACCACCACCGCAUCGCCUUCUCCACCACCGCCUUUCCCUUCACGGACCCGUCGCCGACGGCUGAAGCCAGGAACCUGCUGGGAGUACGCAUCGACAUCUGCGCGAAGGACGGGAGGUACACGAAACCGUACUACAUUCUGCUGCGGAAGGUGCAGCCCCCAAUGCCCGUGACUGGGGAUGCAGGGCAGACGAAGAAGCCGCAGAAAGUGCUGUAUGUGCAUCGGCAUACGAUCCCCGCGGUGGUGGAUCUUGGGACUUUGGAGCGGGUGUAUUUGCCGCGGGCGAAGGGGAGCGCGACUGGGGAAGGGGAGGGGGGAGAUGUUGUACAAGGAACAGAAGAAGAAGAAGAAGCAGAAAGAGCGCAGCUGAAGCCGUGGAAGCAUAAGGUCCGGCCGCAGAAUCUCAGCGGGUUUGUGCGCGAGGUGCGCCGGCAGUUGGUCGUCUGGCAUCUACGGUGUGACGGGGUCCGGUAUUUGAGGGAGAGGUUGGGCGUGGUUCGACGGGAAGCAGAAGGCGCCGGUGCUACCGGGUACGGUGAGGAGGAGGAUGGGGUCUGGGAAAGGGACGUUUUGGCCGAGGGGAAUCAGGAGACGAGAAUUGUCAAGAAUGACCUAGGGAUUGUCGCGUUGGGGGCCACCGCGUUGGAAGCGGUGUAUGUGCGCGUGGAGUGGGAGGAUGGCCGAGUCGGUCGGUUCAAGAUUUCGAAUACUGGCAUGGUGGAGAGGGCGGUGGUGAUGGGAGAUAGUGGGAGAGAUAAGUUGAUGGAGGCGGUGCUGACAGGUGGGAAUGGGAGACUGGAAACUUUGCUGGACCGGUUGAGAAAACAUGCAUCCGACGCGAAACCUCCUGCUUCGGUCUCGGAGGUUGCGUCGGAGACGGCCUCGGAGGUGUGAUACCUCGCUAUUCGCGCAGUCUGCUUGCGUGCAACUCAUAUCUGAUACCUAUUCAAGUUCAAUAUCACGUCCUAGGUCAUUUAAUGUAUUCCCACCUCCACGAUCGCAGU